CAAGUUACCAGGCACCCAACAAAGAAAACCGAAAACCCUUAUCAGCGAGCUGUCGGGAAUGUCCUACAAAAGAAUGCUGCGUUGCGUGAACGCUUAUCUUCCAACCGGAGAUAUCGACGAGAUAGUCGCAGCGCCUCACUGCAGAUCAGCAGGGGUUCCGAUAACCUGCCUUACCGUUUGCCCGGUCCUAAGAUAUGAAUGGCUGCCGAUUCUACCAAUUCAAUCGUUUCACGGUGUGCUCGGUAACGAGAAUGCGCGCGGGCAUUUUUUAUCAUCUAGUACCUUCAUACUAACAUAUCUUAGUAGCUUCUAGGCUUGAGCAUAUGAGGGGAAGCUCUUAAAUUCCGUCUUACAUGACUCGAUUACAUGACUUACCUCCUGUUUCGUAAGCAUCUAAGUUGAUUGCAGUCGAGGACGAUCUUCUGUAGAGCCAAAGCUGUGUCGCAUUUGCAAGAGUUGAGUCGAUAUCCAAAAUGGCGCUGUCGACGGUUACAGGUCAUGGCGAGAUCGAUGAAUCGCUGGUCCCGGGAACGGUCCACCUGGUCGACCUUGAACACACAAUGGCGACGCGACACGCCAAGGGCCAUAACGACAUCGUGCUGGUGCCGACCCCAUCCACGGAUCCAGACGAUCCAUUGAACUGGACUCCCAGACGCAAGUAUCUAGCCUUAGCCUGCGCCCUCCUCUAUACCUGGUUCAACGGCAUGGCGCUAUCCGUCGUGUACUCGGUUCUCGUCCCGCUGUCUACCGCCUUGUCCGUGACGGAGGCCGACCUUAACGCCGGAACCGGGUACAUGUUCCUGCUGCUAGGAUGGGGCCUCCUCUUCUGGCAGCCCUUCGCGCUGCAGUACGGCAAGCGGCUGACGUACCUGAUCUCGCUCGCCGCGCUCGUGGCUAUCACGGUCUGGGGACCUUACGCGCGUGGCAACGGGCAGUGGAUCGCGAACCGGGUGCUCACCGGUUUCUUCGGGGCGCCCAUCGAAGCGCUGCCGGAGACGAGCAUCACCGACCUGUUUUUCGCCCACGAGCGGGCGACGUAUAUGGGAUGGUACGCCUUCACGCUGGCGGGAAGCAAUUUCUUCGCGCCUAUCAUCUGCGGGUUCAUCAACGACGGCAUCGGGUACCGGUGGGUGUUCUACAUCCAGGCGAUCUUCUGCGCUGCGACGUGGCUGUUCCUGUUCUUCUUCAUGGAGGAGACGAACUACGAUCGCCGAACCGUGGGGAUCGUCGCCGAGACGGGGCCUGAGGAAGAGAAAGGCAAGGAGACCUCGAAGGAUUCGUCUAAUGCGGUAUCUCGUGUCGCGUCUCUGGAGCCGCGGCCCUCGGCGGCUACGAAGACGUUUUGGCAGAAGCUGUCCGUCGUGGAUAAGCCGCGGCCGUUCAUGAUGCAUUACAGAGCUUGGCAGUCCCUGAAGCUGCUCUCGUGGCCGGUGGUGUUCUAUUCCGGAUUUAGCUACGGGACGUACCUUAUAUACUUCAACAUCCUCAAUGCGACGAGUUCCAUCAUCCUGGGUAGCCCGCCCUACAAUUUUCGCCCGUCUCUCGUCGGGUUAAGUUAUGUAUCCUGCAUGAUAGGGGUUGCCGUGGCAGCAGCUUUUACGGGGGUAUUCUCAGAUCGCUUCGUUAUUCGCUUAGCUCGCAAGAAUAACGGUGUUGCCGAGCCUGAACACCGGCUUUGGCUCUUUACCGUUUCGACAUUGGUGAUCCCCGCCUCUCUUAUCCUUUGGGGAGUUGGUGCCGCCCAUGAGGUCCAUUGGUUUGGCCUGGUAUUCGCCAUGGGAACUACCGCUUUUGCCAAUACGAUGGGCAUCACCUUGAGUGUCUCGUACCUGGUCGACACGUACCGGGAUAUCUCAGGAGACGCUUUGACUACAUGUAUCCUCAUUCGCAACACUAUGAGCUUCGCCAUUGGCUAUGGCAUCACGCCCUGGCUAGAUAACCUAGGAACUCAGAACUGUUUCAUCAAUGUGGCUUUCGUCGGAUUGGCCAUCUGUAGCGUUUACUUAGUGAUGAUUAAGUGGGGUAAGAAGUUUAGGGAGGCAAAGCGUGUGGCUUAUUGGCAUGAGGUCAAGAAGAGAAUCGAUCUUGGAUUGGUACAUUAAGGCUUUAACCGUUAUUACUACUAGUUAACUAGAAUGGUAAAUUGGAUAAGAAUUUAAACUAAGUAAAUUUGAUAUCAUAAAUAUACUCUAUAAGCUU